AUGCGUCUCUCUACCACUCUCAUUGCCUCUAUGGCAGUCAUGCUUCCAGUCCUGGCAUCUUCCAAAGGAGCCACAGAACAAGCUCUCCUCAAAAGUGCAGAAAACGCAGUUCCUGGUGAAUCUGCCCUAUUUACCACCUACACUGGAAAGCAAACACCACUUGCAUCCAAAUAUACCCAGGUCAUCAACGCCACAGGAACCGGAGAGCCUGGUCAGGAUGAUCUUCUUUUCCAAAAUCUACUUGCAGCGGAAUGGGUCAUCUACACAUUCUACCAGCAAGCCGUCGAGACUUUUAACACUUCCUCCUUUACCAAAAUCGGUUUCCCCAACACCACCUACGAACGUAUCCGAGAAAUUCGAAACAAUGAAGCCGGCCACGCCCGCAUCUUCCAGGACAACAUCUCCAACAAUUCCCUAAAGCCUGGCCCUUGCAAAUACUCCUUCGGUUUCGGAGACAACGCACUGGAGUUCCUCGCUCUCCAGGUCUACAUCGAAGUCGCCAGCCAGGCCUUCCUGACCGGCCUCCAGCUCCAAGCCGAUCUCAACGUCUCCCGUGCCACACUGAUGGCAAUCGGCCAAGUCGAAGCGCGCCAUAAUACUUGGUCCCUGAUCGAGAACUGGAAAGUCAGCCCAUUCUCCGGUCCCUCAGAUACUACCUACCCCUAUGCCAACCAAAUAUUGGAUAUGACAAACUCCUUCGUGACUUCCUGUCCAUCUGAGAACCCUGAAUACCCGUCUCCCCGUCAGAAUCUGCCGCAGAUGGUGUUCUGGGCAAAUGGAACCACUGCUACCCCUGGGUCGCAGAUCCAGCCUUAUUUCUACCAGUCUGCGAACCAGCCCAAGUUCCAGACUGGCAAGGAGUACUAUGCUGUUUUCUACCAUGGUGUCAACACUAUCAGCGUUCCGUAUGACUGGCAGAAGGGUAUUGUGACAAUUCCUAAGGAGAUCGACGUCGCCUCUGGUAUUAUCAUUGUCAACAUCGCGGAUAAGAAGGAUGCCCCCACUGAAGACAGCGUCGUGGCUGGACCUAUGGUUAUUUUGGAGCAGCCUGUCGCCUUGACUUUGAAGGAGCCUGAUGCUAUCUCUAUCUAA